GCCAUAUGCCGGUUUCUGAUCGCAUGGCCAAUAUUUGUUAAAUUGGGUCAGGGAUGCGUUUGUUUUUUAAAUUAAAUAUAUGAAUCCUAUAUAAAUAAAUGCUAGUAUUGCAAAAUGAUCUAACUACUGUCCUUAAGUGAAAAGUUACACAAAUCAGAAAGCGUUGAAUGAUAAGGAAAAUAGAAAAAUUAAAAUCAUUCGUUAUUCAUUAUUAAGAAAGUUUUCGUAAGUAUGCCAAACAACAAAUCAAGCAAAGGAUCAGCCAAAAAGGUUGGAAAGCGUCAAAGAAAGUCAUGCCAAGAAAAUUGCAAAGGCAAAAGAGUCAAACUUCAACAAUCAAAUAAACAAAUUGAAGAAUGUCCCCAAGAAGUUCUUCAACGUUAUCUUGCAAACUUCUACGAUGCAUCAGACGAAGAAGAUACAUGGAAGAUCAACAAGAAUUUCUUUAGAGCUCCCGAAGUUAUUAAGGAUAAUAAGAAAAAAGAUCCCGAAGAUGAGGAUUCAAAAGAGGAGGAUGAUGAUAAUAAUGAUACUGAUGAUGAUUUCACGAAUGGGGGAUUUGAGAAACUAGUUAAUGCCACCGUCGUGGAGGUUAGAGCCGUGCCAGAAUACCAAGAGUCCGAAGAGGAAACCGACGAGGAGACAUACUCAGAUACAUUAACGUUUGACAUGGAUGACAGCGAAGACGAGGAACAGGAAACUGACGAUGGUGACGAGGAUGAUCAAGAGAGUCCCGUAGACAGUGCCGAGGAGCACGAAUCUGAUCAGGUCGAAAAUAGUGAGAAUUUGCGUGCAGAUGGUCCGAUAAAUUCAGAAUUGGAAAAUUAUGAGGAUAGUUCCGUAGAUGCCGAAGCACUUGACGAUACUUUUGAGCAAGAGGACGCAGCACAUAAUGGCAAAGAAUCGGGAAAUACCCAGUCUGGUCUCUCCCCCAAUCCUGCAGCACACUUUUAUGCCCAGCCAAAGGCAGAAGCGGAGCCGUUGCCCGAGUUGAGCAUUUUCGAGAACAGUUUGAAAACGAACAAGGUGCUCGCAGUGCUCAAGCAGGACAUGGAAUGGUAUGGCACCGUGAUAGUUACACUGCUUAGUGGUCGGAUAUCAAUUAACGGCUACGAAGCACCCCAACUGGAGCCGUUGACAAUUUACUCACCCAAGGGCUUUAAUUGGGUUGUCAUUUCGCCGUUGCCCAACAAAAAGGUGCCCAAAGAUCCCUUUAACUACAACAACGCGCUGGAAGAGAGCUUUUCGCGGGCUCAGCUUGAAAAUAUUCUCAGCAAUUUUGAUAGACGACGCGAUGCAAUUGUGCUGUUGCAAAGGAAUAGCGGAGCACAAAAGAUGCUCAACAACUUUGCCACACACAUGGCGGAGAAUGUGUUUCCGCUCAUUAAUGCCACCAAUCGACCACAUUACGCUAGCGAAUAUCUGCUGAAUUGCCUUUUGCAGCGUGCCGAUGAUCAGGAGAAGGGUUUGCAGGUGCCUAGAGUGUGGACGAAACUGAAGUUGCUGCCACAUAGUCGCGUCAUGAUAACUGGAGGCAAGGGCGUGGGAAAAUCGACGCUGUUACGCUAUCUGUUAAAUCGACAUCUGCCACAGUUUGGCAGCGUCUUACUGCUGGAUUUGGAUAUUGGACAACCCGAAAUGUUCGUGCCACAAACUGUUUCUUGCAGCGUUGUCGAUGCCCCGCUACUGGGACCUGGAUUCUUUCUCAAUCGGCAGCCGGACAAGGCGUUCGUGGUGGGCCAUGCGAAUGUGGUCAUGUGUGCCGAGCAAUAUGCCCAUGCUGUCAAGUCUUUGCUCUUGUAUUGUCAACAUGAGGAACGUUACAAGGACAUGCUUUGGUUGAUCAACACCAUGGGCUACAAUAAGGGUUUUGGUGUCGAACUGAUGGCGCUGCUUGUGGACGCUGUGAAACCCACAUCAUUGGUGCAAAUCUCCAGUCGUCGGCCCAUUAACAACUUCGAUGUGUCGCUGGACAGCGCAACUCUUUCCCAAGUUGUGCCUACCAUCUAUGUGGACGAUGCCUUCAAGCUGAGCCUGCCGCUGCCCAAGUACGCAAUGCACAAGCUGGAAAGUGUUGUGCCAAAGCAGCAGCAUGAGAAAGGCCAAAACAAGGCCUGGCGCAUGAGUGCCAAAGAUAUGCGCUAUUCCAAUAUUCUGGCGCGGCUCAGCGCUACGCUCCGUGGGAAUGCCAAGCAUUUGACCGAGUGCCAGCCGCUGAAAAUAUCGUUGGAUGAGCUGCAAUUCCUGCAGCUCACAUCCGAUGAGCAUACGCGGGAAGAACUCAUUGCUGGUGCAGAGGUCAACAUGGUUUAUCUGUGCAAAGCUCCCGAAAAUGACACCCACACAAUCGAGUGCCUUGGCAUUGGUGUUGUGCGCGCUGUUGACUAUGAGACGAAGACGCUUUACCUGCUGCCAGCGAUGCCUCUCGAGCGUUGUGCGGACGUCAAGUGUUUGGUUAUUGGCGGCGACAUGUGCUUGCCUCAGGGUUUCAUCAAGGAUCAAGGUGCUUCCGUCACCAACAAUGUGCCUUUUGUGUUUGUCAUUGAUGACUCCAAGUCGUCAAAGAGCGUGCAACAGAUAUAUCAUCGUGCUCCUGGUUUUUUGGGCAAUCCAGCCAACAAAAAUGUUUAAGACAUCAAAACGUAGGUAAUAUAGUAAAACUAUAUUAUACGGGGUAGAAUGUAGUAUGAAGAUCCAGCAGAUCCAGUCAACAAAAUGUUUUCUUAAAAACCCGAAACCUAUUAGAAUUAUGUUGAAACUAUGUCAUAGAAAUAUUCUACAAACCAAACGGACAUUGUUCAUGAAGAACUGUUUAGUUAAAGUUUUUGUUAACUCAGACAACUUCUAAAAUAUUAAAUUGUUAUUAUUAAUAAAGUUGUAAUGAGAUAUACGACAAUACCAGCCCCAAAACGUAUCACAGGUAUAUUAAAAAUAUAUUAUAGAAAAAAUUGAA